AUGAGCUUUCAGAGCAAUUCGACAGAGAAACCAAGAGAGCAAAGCUUCAAUUUUUUUGAUCAGAUCUUCAAUUCUAAGGCUUUUUGGAUCUUUCACCAAACUGCUACAGAAUUUGAGAACAACCGAAUACUGAUCCGUUCCAUUGAAACCAAACAGAAACAAAUAAAACAAAAACGUGGGUUGUCUACAAUAAUUGAAGAGCUUGAAGACCCAACUCGAAAUCUAAGAUCUCACAGCUCAAUUGAUGUGAAUUUUUCAGGUAAAAGGAUAGAGAAACCUCUACAAGCUAUGAAGUAUCCCAAGAAAAUUUGA